AUGGGGUGUGGGAUGGAGGAAGGGGGUUUGGGUGGUGCUGCUGCUGUUUGUGGCAGUGGUGCUGCUAUUGUUUGUGGCAGUGGUGCUGCUAUUGUUUGUGGUAGUGGUGCUGCUGCUGUUUGUGGCAGUGGUGCUGCUAUUGUUUGUGGCAGUGGUGCUGCUAUUGUUUGCAGCAGUGGAGCUGCUAUUGUUUGUGGCAGUGGUGCUGCUGUUGUUUGUGGCAGUGGUGCUACUAUUGUUUGUGGCAGUGGUGCUGCUAUUGUUUGUGGCAGUGGUGCUGCUAUUGUUUGUGGCAGUGGUGCUGCUAUUGUUUGUGGCAGUGGUGCUGCUAUUGUUUGUGGCAGUGGUGCUGCUGUUAUGAGGAGAAUGUUGUUUUAUGAUGAUGAUUCGGAUGACAUGAAAGAGGAAUGA